AAGUUAAGGCAGGGGUACUUACAGAACCCAGUGCCUAGGCCUUUCCUUAAGAUCCAUACAUCUGACCUGGCUUCCACACUGAGGCUCGCCUUCUGCCUCUCUCCUCGGCUCACCGCCUCAUUCCUUCCCAACAUGGCGUCCGUGAGCUUCGAAGGGCCUCGCGCACUCUGCCAGUGGCUUCAGAUGUGCUCGCUGUUCCUGCUAGCGCUGCUGCUACAGCCCGUAACCCGCGCCCAAGCCACACCCAGCACCCUCAGCACCGAGACCACUCCGGACACCCCAGGCCCUGAGAUCACACCGGUCACCGUCAGUGGCCAAGGGCUUCGUGAGCGCGCGCGCGCCCUGAUGCGGGACUUCCCGCUGGUGGACGGCCACAAUGACCUGCCCCUGGUCCUGAGGCAGUUGUACCAGGACUCAUUACAGAAAGUCAACCUGCGCAAUUUCAGCCAUGGCCAGACCAGCUUGAACAGACUUAGAGAUGGCCUCGUGGGUGCUCAGUUCUGGUCAGCCUACGUGCCAUGCCAGACCCAGAACCGGGAUGUUGUGCGCCUCACGUUGGAGCAGAUCAACCUCAUCCACCGUAUGUGUGCCUCCUACUCUGAACUGGAGCUGGUGACCUCAGCAGAAGCUCUGAACAGCACCCAGAAAUUGGCCUGCCUCAUUGGUGUGGAGGGCGGCCACUCACUGGAUAAUAGCCUCUCUGUCCUGAGAACCUUCUAUGUGCUGGGAGUGCGCUACCUCACACUCACUCACACGUGCAACACACCCUGGGCAGAGAGCUCAUCUAAGGAUGUACACCUCUUCUACAGCAAUGUCAAUGGGCUGACCAGUUUUGGGGAGAAGGUGGUGACAGAAAUGAAUCGCUUGGGCAUGAUGAUAGACUUGUCUCAUGUCUCUGAUGCUACGGCACGGCGGGCCUUGGAAGUGUCCCAGGCACCUGUGAUUUUCUCCCACUCAGCUGCCCGGGGUGUAUGCAACCACACUCGGAAUGUUCCUGAUGACAUCCUGCAACUUCUGGAGAAGAAUGGUGGCAUUGUGAUGGUGUCCUUGUCUGUAGGGGUGCUGCAGUGCAACGUGAUGGCCAAUGUGUCCACUGUAGCAGAUCACUUUGACCACAUCAAGGCAGUUAUCGGGUCCAAGUUCAUCGGGAUUGGUGGAGAUUAUGAUGGCACCAGCCAGUUCCCUCGGGGGCUGGAGGAUGUGUCCACCUACCCCGUGCUGAUAGAGGAGCUGCUGAGUCGGGGCUGGAGUGAGGAAGAGCUUCAAGGUGUCCUUCGAGAAAACCUGCUUAGGGUCUUCAGGCGAGUGGAGCAGGUGCGGGAGGAGAACACGUGGCAGAGCCCCCUGGAAGACAUGAUCCCAGAAGAACAGCUGAACAGGGCAAGUUGUCACUCUGUCCGCCCACAACAGCACCAGAAACAACUAGCUGCAGACCAGACUCCAACCAAGAUACCAUCACUUCAGGGACCCACAUUAUCUCACAAGUGGUCAUUUUCAAAAUCUUCCCCUAGCCUGGUCUCAGGCCUCACAGUGGCUAGCAUAUUCCCAGUUCUUAUCCUGUGGCUGUGAUAACUCAGCCCUGCCAGAUGUCACUUUGACAGCCCUGGAUACCCCACAAAGGCCCCCUCCUUGUGCAGAUAUAAAUAU